UACGCGAACGAAGCGGACGUGCGUGCCCGUACUUGCGUGGCCAAAACUCAUCGUUUCAGUGUUGUAGCGUUUGUUCAUCUUGACUGCUGCUGCUGCUGCUGUACCGUGUUAUACUCUGUUUUCACCCGGAGCGCAGGGAGCAAAAAGGGACCUGGUAGAAAGAUGUUCGCCUCACCGUGUCUACUCUAACGGGUGCGUGUGUGUGUAUACAGUCAGUUUCUUCAGGAAUCUUCUCGUACAGCCGGUAGUGGCAUUCUCGUCCUCUACACACGGUGCAAAGUGCGUCAGCAGCAGGAGAAAUAUCUUGAAGCAUUUAAAAAAAACAUAACUAGUAGAAGACCCCAUCCUGUGUGAAAAGUGUGUCCUGUGUGUAUGGUGCAAUAGUGAAUUGCGAAACCCCCGCCCUAACCCCUUCCUACCCCUUACACUGGGGGGAAGGUUCAUCGUAUCCGUGGCCGUCGUGUGUCUUUUUUCCGUGAUUCGUUUGAACGCGUAGUAGUAGUCGUGGUGGUUAAAUGUUCUUCGUUCGGUCCUCUCGAUCAAAGCAAUCCGUGCGCGUGUGUAUGUGUCUCUGUGUGGGGUAGUGUAUUGUUGUGUACAGUGCGUUUUGGGGUGGUGAAGUGAAGCAUCUGAAGUUCAGGGGGUGGCUCAAAAAAAGUUUGAAAAAAAGCUGUGAAUUAAAAGGGUGAAAAUUUGGUGUUGUUUUGUCCCCACCGAAGGGUGAAAAUAGUAAGCGUGUGAAAACAUCCCGGUUUGCCCGGUCCGAUUUAGUGCGAUCCUGAUCCCGAGUGCGCGCGGGUGGAUUACGUGUCGUUUGCGCCACUGCAAGAGCGAACACCAUGGCCCGGCUUAUCCUCGUGUGGCUCGCCCUGUGCGCCGCCACCGUCCUUGCCAGCGGAUCGGCCGUGCCGCCCUCGGCCUGGUCGUCGCGGGUGCACCGAACGGCCCGGGAUACGAUGGGCGAUGGGCGGGACCACCAUGCAGCCGCCCAGCCCCGCUCGAUGCUGUCCUGCGACCGUGUCAACAACUUCUUCUCCUCCAUCAAUGUAACCGUCAGUCAAGGAUCACAGCACGACCAAGGCCCGGUGUGCGGCGGUAUCUGCUGCGAUGCCGAGACCGAACGACAGUUGCAGGCGAAGGCGACGAAAACCUUCGAACGACUAGUCAAACACCACAUCCGAAGCCAGCGGGGGCUCUGGGAAUCGGCUGCUAAUGUGUACAAAGACUAUCUGCUGCAGCUGCUGCAACAGUCGGAAAACAAAACGCUCAACCUGUUCUCGACCGUCUACCGCAAGAUGUCGCCGCUGUCCCGCGAGCCGAUCCGCGAGCUGUACGAAACCAUCCGCCGGAAGCUGCUUGCCGACCAUGCCGGGGACGAUUUCGAGAUUAUGACGAUUCUCUUCUUCCGCGAUCUGUUCCCGGUCGCGUACCACCACGCGAUCCACUCGGACGUUCACGGUACGGAGCGGGGCCGCCCGGCCAGCGGCAGCAACAGCAAUCGGGACUUUCACAGCGACUACAAGAACUGUCUGGUGCACACGUACGACGAUCUGAAACCGUUCGGCAUGGUGCCGCAGGAACUGUCCAGCUCGCUCGUGUCCUCCGUCAGUGCCGCGUCCGUGCUGCUGCGCGCCCUGCGCGAAGGGGCCGAGGUGCUGCUGAAGCUCGAGGAGGUGGGCGUAUCUGCGCCGAGCUGCCGGCAGGCGCUGCUACGCAUGAACUACUGCGGAAGCUGCAAGCGGUACAACCAUCUGCACGCCAAACCGUGCGCCGGCCUGUGCCAGAAUGUGAUGCGGGGCUGUCUAAUCGAGUUCGUUGGCGCACUGAACAAGGGCUGGUCGACGCUGACGGAGGCGAUCGUUCCGCUGAUCGGAACCGUCCGCUCGGUCGACGGCAUCGAGACGGAUAUCAAAUCCCUGGACGGUAAACUGUCGAACGCCAUCAUGCACGCGAUGCAAAAUGGACCUCAGCUUGAAAAACAGGUCGAACAAGCUUGCGGCGUACCGUCGAUGAUGCCAUCCGAAUAUCUGGCCGACGGAUCGUACGACGAUGCACCGCAGACGCUGGCGGGCAGCAGCAAGUGGCCGCUCGCACCGAACAACGAGAUGCUCCAGUUCGAGAUGACGAUCGACAAGAACAAGGAUCUGUUCAUUCAGCUCUCUACGACGCUGUGCGAAGAUGAAGACUACCACCCGACGGACGAGGACUGCUGGACGGGCAGCAGCCUGAGCGACUACACCCAGCAAGUGGUGACGACGAUCGGCGACCGGUACAACCCGGAAGUGGUGUACAAUGCGAGCGCGACCGUCUCGCCCCACAUGCAGACGCUCGUCGAUCGGCUCAUCAAUCUCAAGACGGCAGUGAACAAAGCGUACUCAUCAAAUACGUUCAGAAGUGACGUAGACAAGAUGCAGUCCGAUAUGGCGGAAGGUUCGGGCGACUCGUACCCCUCCGACGACGAUGAGGAUGGAGAUCUGGCCUCGGGUUCCGGUGACGACGUCAACCCGCGCACCAUUUUCAGAGACAAUCCCAACGUCACGCCCAGCCACGCCGAUGUUAGCGCCGCGAAACGAAUCUCGACCAGCUCCUGCUGGAGUUUGAUCACCCUGGUUGCCGUGUGCCUGCAGGUGCUACUGCUCAGCAACGACUUCUGCGGUCACUGAGGGACUGGUGCGCGCACACACACAUACACCCGUCCUCCUGUCCCUGCUCUGGAUUAACACGACACACACACACACCCUUCGAGAAGUAAGCGUAAGAAAGAGUGUAGCAUGAAAAUACGAAAUAUGGCUGCGAAUUACUACGUACACACUACUGCGGCGUACACACGAUCUUCCUCAAGCCGGCGCAACGCAACCAGUUCAGGCGGAAAGGUCGUCAAUUAAGUACCGAAAGGCGUGUGUUCGGCGUGUUCCCUUGCGUGCACUGACAGCCGAUUCAUAGUCAAUGCAUUAGUAUUCCCGCAGCCCGUCUUGGUGUGGGACGGCCGUGUGAUACCCUUCGGAGUCACUGCAAUCGCAAGGAUAAGUCAUGCACAGUCUGUUUUACUAUUUGAUGCUUCAUUCUUUUCUGUGUCACUCGUCAACUGUUAGGAGAGCAGAAACUGUUAGGAGUAAAGUCAACUGUUAGGAGAGCGGGAACGAAACGAAAUUCAGCUUUGAUAGUGGGCAGCUUUCCUAUUACUACGAUGGUAGGGGUUUGUUUCGUGUUACUAGCAUUGCAGCUAUACGCGAAAAGGCUCAGCUUCUUUUAUUUUUAUGAUACGCUGUCGGAAGCGGCCGCUAUCAACUGUUGUGUGUUUGUGUGCGUGUGUGUAUACACAUGGUGCAGCUAAACAUGGCUGCUCAGCAAAUCUCAAACCGAAAGAUCACGUUUCGAAACUUGAUCUCUCGUGGAUGUGACAGGUGGGGUUUUGUUUGUAAGAUUUCAGAAGUCAUUCGAGCCAACCGAUAACACAAAGAGAGGAGCGUAAGUGUCGUGCGCUCUAUUGGUUUAAUGCCGUGAUGAUUCUUCCACUGUCAUUUAUUUAAUUCGAAAAUGUGUGUUUUUUGCGUAGAAAUCAAGAUUUUUGUUUCCAAACCCUUGUCAGUCAUUGGAUCAUUCUGCACGACUUCCAUUUCGUCUAUUUCUCUCUUACUCUCCUCUUUCUAUCUCUCUUUCUCUAUCUCUCUAUCAUCUCUUCUCAAGCGAGUAUGUCUACUUUAAUUAGUCGUUAACAAAAAAAAAACAAACAAGAAAAACAGAUCAAUAUCGUAGCUAGACCAUUAUCAAAAAACCGAAUUAAAAAGCAAACUAAAAAAAAAUCACAAAAAAAACUCAUCCUAGAAUCACGAUAUGAUCAUCUUACCUUUCUACUAAUCCAUACUAAAAAAAAUGGAGUAAAAAGAUGAAUAAGAAAAUGUGUGCAGGUUUAAGCAGCAGGAAUGGAAGAAUCGAAUCGGUCAUGAAAACAUUAUGUAAAUAAUUAACUUAAAAUCAAUCACCUAACCUGCUACCGUACCGAAACGGUAGCGGGCAAAUGGGAUGCAAACAACAGUUAUAACCAAGAUAAAAAAGAAGCAAGAAGAAGUGGAAGAGGAUUUUUUUUUCGUUUCAAAUAGGAACAUAGAAUCAAGCCCGCAAGAAAGCAACCUACGCAUAGAUUCUUAAACACUAGUUAAACAAAUUCUUCUACACGCACGACACAUUCACCCGCAAGACACUUUGUUAACGCCGUGCCAGUGUGCCAGACGGUGUGUUAGAACACGGGAACACUCUGUCCCUGAUUUUGUGUUGCUUUCGGUGGUGUCGAGCAAUUGAUAUCACGCGGACGUAACGAAGAGCAGUAUGAACAUUACCACUAAUCGUUGCAAACGAGUCGAGUUUUGGUAUGCGAGUUGCAUACUGUUAGGCGGUAUUGCUACCGCUUUCGAAAGUGUAUGCAAUUUGAAGCGCAAAAGUAGCUCCUUUUUAUAGCACGCCUAUCUGAAUGGCAUGUGGCAUUAUCAAGUUAAAAUAUGUUCUGCUUAGUUCACAGCUGGAAACAGUUGCUGUAUUUUUUAUUUUUUAUUUACAAACAUAUUCUUAUUCAAUUUCAAUGAGACACAUGGCACACAUGGUAGGCUACUUUAUGCUGUAUCAUCAAGCAUAGAGAGCCGCCUGAACGGAAGGGCUACUUAAAAUAAUGCCAAUUUUUUUUCCUUUCUCUCAAAACCAUUCGAUAAAGUCCAGAAACAAAAGUGUACAUUUUUGAGUGUGUAUGUGUGAAUGUUGUUUUUUGUGUUGUUUUGGUGCGUAGGUGUUUUCAGUGCGGAAAUGUUGUUUUACGAUAGAACGUGCGCGAGAAGGAAUGAUUCGUUGUACAGUAGUGAUGGUACGGUAUGGUUUGUUACGGCCACGCGUGAAAACUGCCCCACCCGUCACCAGUCGUGGUUGUGUGGUUAUGUGUGUGUGUGUGUGUGUGUGUGUCGGAAGUCGGUACGCAAUAGAGAGUCACACAGAGACAAAUUAAAAGCAAAAGCAAAAAAGUAAUAGAAGGAAAAACGGUCAACUGUGAAGUGUAGUAGCGCACGGAAUGCUAACCCAAUUGUUUGAACUAUCUGUGAUUGUGGGAAAAGAAGAUGGAGAGAUAAGCAAAGAUGAAUACAAUCCGGUAAGCGAGAGAGAGAGAAAGAGAGAAAGAGAGAAAAUAGGAAUGUGUGUGUGGGUGUGUGGUUUUGGCGAGUGUGUUUGGUGAUCUUCGGUUUCUGGAAGCUGUAGGCUGGUGUGCUAAAUUAGAGGGUGUGCAAAAUUUAAUUUAUUGUUAGUAGAUUGUUGUUUACACGGGCCUACUUACUGCUACUAAUACUAUUACUACUACUACUACUGCUACUACGACUACAAGCGUGGGAAAAAUGGAAAGUGGACAAAGGGGACAGAAUCAAACGCAGUCUGAUCCGUAACGCUCCGUAACGCGUCCAAACUUCUAACAGUUUGGUGCAAGGGAAAGAAAAGGGAAAGGGAAAUGUUUAAAUUAACACAUAGUUUACACCGCACACACUUGCACAGAAAGCGAUUGAGAGAGAAAGAGAGAGAGAGUGGAAGGUUCACGUUUCCAGUACCAGACCGAUCCAGACAGAACGACCUCUUGGGUGUGCGAAAACGGAAGCGUAAUCUUAUGGUGCCAUGAACCCUUUUUACUUCCGUUGCGUUGAAAAGAGAAAAAAUAUAGCAAACAAAAGGGUUUUGUUGUCAAAAUAACAAAUAUGUCAAAACUCGUCCGCCAAACGUACGCGAGGAGUAAAUACACAAAUUUGCGGAAGAAGAAACGGAUCGAAAUACGGAAAGGAAUGCAAACAACAACAAGAACAACAGGUAGCAUUAACAUUCAAAUGCUAAUUCCACUUCCAGUGAUAUAUCUUAGAUUUAGGAUUUUUUUGUUUGUUUGCAAUUAUAUAUUAUGUUUCUGUAGUAUUCUUUUAACAGUGCAUGUGUUGAUUUUCUCUGUCCCUUUCAAACACCCCCCCCACCACCCCCUUUAGCCACGGUUCGGUAGCAAAGAAAUCAGUCUUCAAAAUUCGAGUCAUAAUUUGUAAAGAAAAAAAUCCCUCUUACGGAAACUAACUUAAAAACGAAAAUCACCUACCGAAUCGCUAAAUGAGAGGGGUGACAGUACCCUUUCCCUUUCCUUCAUCCCGUCUCGUAAGCGUACAGCGCUUCCUGUAGUUCUAAAUUUUCAACGCUUGCGCACGCUCUGGAACAAAAUUCAAAAUCCGUGCAAACAUGCAAACAGGGAGGGGAUAAAAGCUUUCAAAGCCCUUAAAGCUUGCAAUCGGUUUAGCUAUGCAGGUGCAAGCUUCGUGGACAAGGCAAAACUUACCAAACAUCCCUCCUUCUUUUACUCCCUCCCUCCCCAAUACGGCUUCAUCCCGACGACGGAGGAAAGUUGUACGGCAAAAUUAUUACCAUUAUAAGUGUUAAUAAAAAAACUUGUUCGGAGAGCGAACAGGAGAAAUCAAAGUGGGGCGAAAAACAAAACAAAAAAAAAGCGAGAAUGAAAGUGUGGCAGUGAGAAGUGUGAAGCAAAACAGAGUGGAAAAAGCGCAAUUUAUUUUGUAUUUAUCUAAUAAAUACAGUUCAAACACAGGAAGUAAAAAAAACUGGAAACAAGAAAAAGAAAACGGUAAAUUAAUUAAACUAAGCGCAUGAGUAAAUAAGGUAGAUUCUAGGAUGGUAAUAUAUAUAAAAAAGUAUAUAUAUAAAGAAUAGUUUUGAAAGCACGCAACUUGUUGGAAACGAAGCGGUGACGUAGCGGAGUAGAAAAAGGCGCGACAGGAUCAUGGAUCGGAAAAUUGCAAUCCACAUACAUCCUACAACAGUCCCGUGUGCCGUGUGUGAACGCGAAAUGCGAGCGUAAUAAUGUGUAUUAUAUGUAGGCAAAUAGGAUAUGAAGGGUUUUCUUUUCUGUUUUUCUAUUCUUCGUCGUCGUUGUCGUCGAAAAGCAAGCAAGAAAUAAACAGAUUGAAACGCACUUAGAAAAGUGAUUAAGCGAAGCAGGACAAUGUGCUAACCAAUAGCAAUAGGGAAAGAAUUGAAGUAAAAACGGAAGAAGCAACCUCAAACUACAACCUCCUCACAAGCGCACACAUACACAAACGCAAGAAAAAUAGACAAAAAUAGGCAUCUCAACCCUCCUUCCCCCUAGGCAGGCACAAUCGAUGAUCGAUGAGUGCGUGUUAAAUGAUGAGUCCUCCUACUCCACUUGAAUUAAUUUGCUUCUCCCCAUCUGUACCCCAUCAGUCUCUCGGUGCGAGAUAAAAUCGGUGCAAAUGAGAGCGAAAUAGAGAGAAAGGGAGAGAGAGGGUGAGGAAAAAAGCAAAAAAAAUAAACGCACUAGACAACGCAUAAAUGGACACAAAUAUAUACACAAACACAAGGAAGUGAAAUAGCCAUCGAGCGGUAGGGAAACGUUUUGCUGAAAAAUUGAACCCCUCCAGCUGCAAAAACUGAACGUAAAACAAACACACUGAAAAACAAAAUAGAAUUGCAACAAAAAAAACCCGUCAAACCAACCGAUACUGUGCAUAAGGAAAGAGAGGAAACAAUAAACAUAUUAUUCUGAACGAAUAACAAAAUAAAA